AUGCCGCCCAAAGCUCCCAUCACGCGGGGAAGGUUCCAGGUAAUAGAAGGCGACCAGUCCGACAGCGACAUUGACGUCUCCCCGUGGCCGCCGUCCUCCGCCUCGUUACCCGCCGGCAGGACAGCAGCUGGCGCUCCUGCAGCAGCUGCCGGAGCAAACGCAGCAGAAACAGCAGGAGCAGGUGGAGCAGGAGUAGCAGGAGUAGGAGGAGCGCCGAGUAGCACCCGCGCAGGUGCUACCUCCCAGGAGCCUCGCUCCAGGCAGUUCCUGUCCGGGCCUCUGCCUGCCCUGGACGAGGGUCCGGGGGACGACUGGCGCAGGGGACAAAGGGGGGAGAGCAAGGGGCUAGGGGUAAGGGCAGCGGGCGCAGCAGCAGGGGUUGAGGCUGAUGGGAGGUCAGAAGAGGAAGCCGUUGCUGCUGCAGCAGGUAACGUUGGUGGCAAUGGCGCUGGAUAUGCGGGUGCUGGUAGGGCUGUCUCUUGCGUUGCAGAGGCAGCUACAGCAGCAGCCGGGGUGAUUGUGGUGGACCGGUUUCUGGUGAAAGACGAUGCAGAGCGGCAUGCAGGCGCUAAGGCGUCACGGCCGGGGAAGCUGCCAUCGCGCUUCACAUUCGAGCCUGCUGACGACCCGUCAGAUUUCGAAGACGCAGCGCCUCUCCCUGCUGCUGCUUAUCAACACCCCACUGCAACCUUCUCUACCCCACCCUCUGCUGCUGCUGCUGUUACUACCACCUCUGCUGCUUCUGUUCCUGCCAUCCAGGCUACACCAGGUACGCCCUCCCCGCAUGAGGCCUCAGGGGGCGGUGCCUUCACCGUUCAUAGAGGGCCAGGUGGAUCUACAGGAAGGUUCACAGAGGUGCGGGAGGGUCGAGGGAGAGAGGAUGGGGGGAGGGAGGAGAGGUUGGGGAUGGAGCGGGUGAGAGAGGAGAGAGUGAGGGAUGGUUCUCGGGAAGAUAGGGAGAGGGAGAAGGGGAAGGACGAGAGGGAGCGGAGGAGGGACGAGAGGGGAAAGGUGGAGAGGGGGAGUGAAGAGAAGGGGAAGGAGGAGAGGGGGAGAGAGGAGCGGGCAAGAGAGGAGCGGGUUAGAGAGGAGAGACUGAAGGGAGAGCGAGGGAAGGAGGCACGGACGAGAGAUGAGAAGGCAGGCCCAAGGGAAGGAGGGUUGUUUGCCCGCGAGGUGGGGAAGCUUAAGGAGGAGCGGGCACGAGAGGAGAAGAGGAGGGAGGAGAGGAGCAAGGAGGGAGGUGUGUCCAGGGACAUGUCAAACCAGCCCUCAGGCCGAGCCUCCCUACCAUCGGUGCAUUCGCUGCCCUCCACCAUCCUCUCUGCCCCUGCACGCUCCUCGGCCUCCUCUGCUGCUGCUGUCUCGGACGCUCUUAUAGCAGUGCCCCACUUAAGAUCCCUGCUCAAGCAUGCUUCAGAGCAGCAGGAGGUGCUCUUCACGCUUAUCAAGGAACUCUCAGAGGCGCAUCCAGAGAUUAAGAAUCCGGAGCAAUCAGCAGCGCUGUUGGGACGCAUCAAGGUAGAGUUGCCAUCAGAGAGGGAGCGCGAGCUGAUGCAGCGGAUAGCGGAGAUGAGGUGCAAAGUGGCCACGCUGGUGGAUAAUGUCAUCACCUACCGCAAUCGCAACGCACAGUUGGAGAAGCAGGUGGCAGCAUUUCAGCAGAGGAAGGAGGAGAGAGAAAGGCAGGGGGUGGUGCUGAGGCGAGGGAGGUGA